AUGAAGUCCUUGACCGCUCUUCUUUCGGUUCUGUCUCUGUCGCUGGCUGGCCUCAGCACCGGAUCACCCCUUCCCACCAAUUCGUUGAGCCGCCGAGCCGACUCCUGCGAGCAAUGGGCAGCGACCACCACUGGAAGCUACAUCCUCUACAACAAUCUGUGGGGCCAAAGCUCCGACCCCUCGGGCAAGCAGUGCACCGGGAUUGAUUCGUUGAGCGGAAACACCAUUUCGUGGCAUACCUCCUGGUCCUGGUCAGGCUCUGCCAGCCAGGUCAAGAGCUAUGCGAACGCUGCGCUGCGCUUCACAGCCAAGACGCUGGGAAGCAUCAAAAGUAUCCCUUCAACCUGGAAAUGGAGCUAUUCCACGACCGGCAUCACUGCCGAUGUUGCGUAUGACAUGUUCUUGAGUUCAAGUGCCAGCGGCUCCAAUGAAUACGAGAUCAUGGUCUGGCUCGCGGCUUUGGGAGGUGCGGGGCCUAUCUCGUCUUCUGGCUCACCCAUUGCUACUACCACCAUCGGCGGCGUGUCUUUCCGUCUGUACUCUGGACCCAAUGGCGACACGACCGUCUACAGCUUCGUCGCCACGUCGACAACGGAGUCUUUCUCCGGUGAUCUGCUGGACUUCUUCACCUACUUGAUUGAGCACGAAGGAUUGAGCUCGAACUUGUAUUUGAUUGCUGUGCAGGCUGGAACGGAGCCAUUCACUGGUACCGCGGACCUCACCGUCUCUUCCUACUCCGUGUCUGUUGAAUAA